GGAAAGGAAGGUAAAACGAUGCGUACGAGGACGAAAGGAGUAGCAGUUGAUAUAAGAGGUAGAGGAAAAGAAAAGAAAAACAAAAGAGGUUAGUUUGAGAUACUGUGGCACGUGCAAAUUUCCAACUGCGUGUGUGGUUCUCUUACUCUCUCUCUCUCUCUCUCUCUCGCUCUCUCUCUCGCUGCUGUAUCCAGAAGAGAUCCUUCGCAUUGUGGAGUUGUAGUUUGUUUCUGUAUUUGGAAACAAAAGGAGGAGGAAGAAGAGGUUGAAGAGGAGAUGCGGUGCACAACGAUAAUAAUAAUGGCUUGUUGAAGUUUUUAGUAAUGUGAAUGAUUCGUUGAUUGCGAUGAAAGGAAAAACCCUGAAAUUUGAAUCCGACUGACUGACAUUGCACAGCAGCAGCAGCAGCAAUUAGAUUAGACUAGACUAGAUAGGAGAGGUGACAGGAAGAAAGGACAGAAGAGAAUCUCCUCGGACGGAGAGUAGGGAGGGAGGAAGGAAGUAGGAGAUGAAAGGCUAUCAUAAUAAUCACAAUCAAGGGAAAAGGCGAUGGAGAUGUCUGGUAAUAGGAGUGCUAUUUCUGGUGCUGCUUUCAAUGCUCGUUCCUCUCGUCUUUUUGCUCGGCCUUUACCACAACGGCUUUCACUCCACCGGACACCCCUCUGAUCCACAAACUUCUUCUUCUGCUUCGUAUACAGAUCAGUCAAACCACGUGAAGCAACUUAUUGAGAAUUUUGCGCCAACUCUUCCUAAUAUUCAUCAAGUUAUAAACUUUACAAGUGGAGCAGAUAAUAAGACCACAAGUUCAGGUUCUAUUCAUGGUACUCCUGUGGUACCCCCAGCUGCACCUCAACCACCUCUCAGGAGAAAUAAUGCUGUAACUAUUGGUACAGAUGAAAUCACCAAGCACAAAAGAAGUGCAUUUGAGGAAAGUGAAAAAUGUGAGCUCAGAUAUGGAGGCUAUUGCCAUUGGUGUGAUGAGCAUAGAGAAAGUAUGAAGGAUUUUAUGGUGAAUAAAUUGAAGGACCAGCUUUUUGUGGCUAGAGCAUAUUAUCCUACUAUUGCAAAGCUUCUAUCUCAAGAGAAGUUAACUAAUGAAAUGAGACAAAAUAUUCAAGAACUGGAGCGUAUUCUUAGUGAAAGCUCAACAGAUGCUGAUCUUCCACCACAAAUUCAGAAGAAAUUACAGAAGAUGGAAAAUGUGAUAUCUAAAGCUAAAACAUUCCCUGUGGAUUGUAAUAACAUUGACAAGAAAUUGAGGCAGAUACUUGAUCUAACUGAGGAAGAAACUAAUUUUCACAUGAAGCAGAGUGCUUUCCUUUAUCAACUUGCAGUGCAGACCAUGCCAAAGGGUCUCCACUGCCUCUCUAUGAGACUGCUCGUGGAAUAUUUUAAAUCUUCUGUACAUGAUAAGGAGCUCCCUCUGUCUGAAAGAUAUUCAAAUCCAUCAUUGCAACACUAUGUUAUAUUCUCCACAAACAUACUUGCUGCUUCAGUUGUAAUCAACUCCACUGCUGUGCACGCAAGAGAAAGUGGGAAUCUGGUUUUUCAUGUUCUGACUGAUGGACUGAAUUAUUUUGCAAUGAAACUAUGGUUCCUAAGAAAUACUUACAAGGAAGCUGCUGUCCAAGUUUUGAAUGUUGAAAAUGUUACCCUGAAAUAUCAUGAUAAGGAGGCUCUGAAAAGCAUGUCACUGCCUGUGGAGUAUCGUGUGUCUUUCCAUACUGUUAAUAAUCCACCAGCCACUCAUUUAAGAACAGAAUAUGUAUCUGUCUUUUCUCAUGCUCACUAUCUCAUUCCUAGUAUAUUUGAGAAUUUGAAGAGAGUUGUAGUUCUGGAUGAUGAUGUUGUAGUCCAGCGGGACUUGUCUGACCUAUGGAACAUCGACAUGGGAGGGAAAGUAAAUGGCGCUUUACAGUUAUGUUCAGUGCAGUUGGGUCAGCUAAGAAAUUUUCUGGGAAAAGGCAGUUUUGAUGAAAACUCUUGUGCUUGGAUGUCUGGAUUAAAUGUUAUUGAUCUGGUUAGGUGGAGAGAGCUAGAUCUUACUAAAACUUAUUGGAAGCUGGGACAAGAGGUAAGCAAGGGAACAGGAUCUGCUGAAGCCGUUGCAUUGAGCGCAAGCUUGCUUACGUUUCAAGGCCUAGUAUAUCCUCUUGAUGGUGUAUGGGCUUUGUCUGGACUGGGUCAUGACUAUGGGAUUGAUGUCCAAGCCAUUAAGAAGGCUGCAGUGUUGCACUUUAAUGGACAAAUGAAACCAUGGCUUGAGCUAGGAAUCCCAAAGUAUAAACAGUACUGGAAGAGGUUUCUAAACCGAGAUGAUCUAUUCUUGGGUGAGUGCAAUGUGAAUCCAUAAUAAGCCAGUGGUCUAAUCACAGUCGUAGUUUGUGGAGAACAUUCAGGAAGCAUGAAUUUCCAGAUGUUUGUUAAAUGAUGCUCGUAAUUUUUCUGAGCUUAAAUUCCAGAAAGAUAUUGGGUUGCAACAAAUUAUAGCCUUCUGUUUUUUUGGUAAAUAAAUGGACGAAUAUUUUUUGAAGUUUCUAGCAAGCAGAAGGGAGUGGACACUUUGGGGGCAGCUCUAGUUGCCAGGAAUGGAGAAUUUGGAAUAUGAAAUGCAAUUUAUUGGACAUUGUAAGAGCUGCUCUGCUUCUUAUUUGUUAAGUUGUACGUGGGAGUCAAAUGCUUGGCAAUAUUACUGUACACGAAAAGGGCCCAGAUGUAUGCUAAUUUCAAGAAGAUUGGAAUAGCCAUUUGUUUUGUAAACGGUGGUCGAGAAAGCAGGUUGUCUUGUGCCCAUCAAAGUAAGUUGUUCUUUUCUCAAGUUGUUUGUUGCUUGAUUUAGAAGUGCGAUUAAUUAAUUGUGAUGAGAAAAUUAGAGGGAUGAUUUUUAUUUAUUUUUUUAGCUUUUUGUAUCGAUAUUUCUCUUCAUGUAUUAACUGAAUUGGCAUUGCCGAAACUGUAGCUUGUCAAUUGAGGACCUGGCAUGUAAUUGGACAUUGCUUAGUGUCGGCAACAAAUAUUUCAGAUACCAAGCAUUCUUGUUA